AUGAAGACGUUUGCUGACUAUUUCGUUAUUUGUGGGUUGGAUUUUAAUUCUGGAUUAGAGACUGAAAAAUUUGGAGAUGAAAAUCCUAAUGUUUCCCCAUUGGAAUGCAGUUAUAAAGCCAAAGUUCUUGCCCAUUAUCCGGAAAAUGUCGAGGGAAACCCAUUUGAUUGUCAUGCUGUAUCAAUGCUAUCUUUGCCUGGAGGAUUACGAUUUAGAACACAAAAACAUUCAGUCACUAAUGCUCCAAAUUUCCACAGUUUUUUAAUUACCAGAGAAGAUGGUAAGAAAACCUAUGGGUUUUCGCUGAUAUUUUACGAGGAAGUCAAAAAUAGGGAUAUUUGUAUUGCCAUGCAAACCCUACAGGCAAUGUACGUCACAGAACUAUCCAGCAACCUAAAAUCGCGCACAGUACAAAACAUCCAAAAUCAAACGCCUCAAUCGCGAUCUCUGCCCCGCCAUUUUAAACUAAGCACGCCAAAUUUAAACGGCACACCUUUAAUGUACUAUGACAUCAUAAAAGACAAACUGUUCGUCUCUAAAAGCAUCGGCAUCACGUGCCAAAAACCCUUCGUCAACGCAGCCAAAAUAUUCCUGGAAAAUUUGUUUAGAAUCGUGCCGAAAAAAUUGACCGCCAAUUUCGAAUCUCUCAGUCUCGAAUCGUACGUUUACAAUUUGUUGUACGAAGUCGAAAUGCCGUCGCCCGGGAAGAGCAUUUUGGUCCACUUGCCCCCCAGCGACCCCCACUUGCCCCCCUACAACGCCGUUCUACAAAACCCCAGCGAAACCGUGGAGUUGCCCCACAUGGAUUUUUCGCUACGUCUCAUGUUCACUUGGUUGGGGGUUGACGUGGUUUUGCAGCUGUUUACUUGCCUGCUACUGGAAAAUCAGGUUUUACUGCGCAGCACAGACUGCGAAAGACUCAUGGUGGUUUCUGAGGGAAUUACAAGCCUAUUGUUUCCUUUUGUGUGGCCCCAUGUUUAUGUACCCAUACUGCCAGCUAAUUUGCAUCAUUUUUUGGACGCACCUGUACCUUUUGUUAUGGGUUUGUAUGCAAGUUCUGAGAACAUUAAGGUCGCCUCAGAGGCGAGUCUUUGCUUUAUCGACGUGGAUAAAUGUAAGGUGCAACUACCCGAAGAAAUGGUGACUUUUCCGCACUUGGACGCUUUCAAAUCCGAAUUGUUUUCGAUUUUGGACAAACACGGGGUUCACAUACCGAACUCUGAGGCCUACAGAAAUACUCAGGAAUCUUCUGCUAGAAGCAAUACUCUACCUUUAAGACCUCAGAACAGACGAAAAUUGUCUGUGCAUGACACUUUGGAUAUAGAGAGGCCUCCCAGUCCACCUGGGAGUGCCAGAUCUGAGGCAUUACAAAGAAUAGCAGAUAUUGUAAGGAGAACGGGAGUAGCUCUAGACCAAAAAGAGUCCGCUCAACCAACCGACUCGUACAUGGAAGACCUAAAGUUGAACAACUCGAUAAGGGAAAUAUUUCUGAACAGAUUCGUUCACAUAUUUCAAUCGUACGAAAACUUCGUGAUAUUUCCGAACCAAGCCAAGGAAGACUGGCUGGCGAACCGCGACUCGAUGCAGAACUUCGACAAAGCUUCGUUUCUGUCGGAUCAGCCCGAACACGACCGAUUGUUCCUGUGGCGGUUCAUAGAGUCGCAAAUGUUCGCCACCCUGAUAGACAACAAAAUUCUGUCGGCGUGGGGCGACGCGGACGCGAACCUCAAAAUAUUCGACCACAGGAUAAAGCUGCUGAAGCAACGUUACGGCGGCGAGAACCUGUUGAGAGCUCUCUCCUACGAACCCUGCACGAUCUCGAUAGAAACGCAGAAGAUGAUCGAACGCAGAUUUUUGAACCCCGACUUCGAGAGCCCCGCUCCGCGCGAGAUUCUCAACUCUCGUCCGCCGUUCUCGCGCCACUUUCCUCUGUUGGACAAGGAGGUUCUCAACAGGACGUCGUCGGUGCAAAGCAAAGGUUCCAUUCCCAGGGCUAACGCCUACAAAAAAUCGCUACCCCUCAGCUACAAGCAGAAUGUGACGGAGAAACAUAAAAAUCAAGAGGACGUUUCUCCCGCCCUCAUCGCGCAAGCCAACUGGAAGUUCGUCGAAAAACUGCUUAAAGACUGCAAGAGCAAAACAAAAAGGAUGCUUCUAGCCAAACUGAACGCAGAAGGCGUAACGCUUUCCAGUAACAGUUCCACGGAUAACGCGUUGGCCGUGGAAGAAAACACUUUGGUGGCAUCACUGUGCGAUUUUUUGGAACGCGUCUGGUCGCACGGUUUGCAAAACAAAAUGGGCAAAUCGGCCCUGUGGUCGCACCUACUGGCCUAUCUGGAAAAAUACCAGCACAUGGCCAAGCUGGAAAAGAAAUUAAUCAAUAACGACAUGGCCAAAAUGAAUCUAGGAUCCGAAAACUGGGGCACCUUGGACAACAAAAACCUCAGAACUGACUUACCACCUCUGCCAAACUCUUUAAUCACCGAUAUAAGUAAUGUACAAAUGAGCGACGUUAGGACAGGUAUAGGCAUGGCUAGAGCCUGGGUGAGAUUGGCCUUGGAGAAAAAACAGCUUUCGAAACAUUUUAGAACAAUUUUGUCCGAUCAAACUUUGCUAAGAAAUAUGUACAAACGAUCUGCGUUCUUGAGAAGCGAGGAGGAGAGGGAGCAGUUCCUUUAUCACUUGCUUUCACUAAAUGCAGUGGAUUAUUUCUGUUUUACCAGCACAUAUCCCACCACAAUAAUUCCCUACAGAAUAGUCAUAGUGCCAACUAAAAGAGGGACCACGAGUUCCGCGAACGUGUGGGUUGUUUUAAGCGGCACUCUAUCGGAAACGAGAAAAGUACAAGUGCCGAAAUCCACUCUAAAUUUCGAAUACAAACACCAAAACAUCGGUGUUUUAACCACUCUAAGAAUAGGGCAUGACAAUAGCGGGAUGUACGCCAAAUGGCAGAUCGAGCACGUUUUAGUAAGAAACGACAUCACCGGACAAGUAUACAAAUUUCCAUGUGGCAGAUGGUUAGGUAGAGGUGUAGACGACGACAGCACAGAGAGACUCCUAGUGGGAAGUCUGAGUACUAAAAAAGAGGAAACGCAGGAACCCGUCGUGACUUCUGGGAGUUGGGGGAGGAACUUGGGGAGGAGUUCCCCCCGGAGUAGAUCCCCCGGACCGCCGCCGAGACAAGAACUAAAACCCUCGCAAAUACAACACAUGCUAGGUGAUUGUGUAAAUAAUAUUGUUAAAUGGCACUACAGAAGAAGUUCUGAGAGACAUACCACUCUAACUGCUUUAUUGUGCAGUGAAAAUGGUUUGGUACUUUGUUUGGAAAACGUUUUUCUUUUGGGUUUUAAGUCCGCUAAACUUUUCGUUGGAAAACACUAUCUGUGGGAUUAUUUUGUCAAAGUUAAGGAAUACUUUGAAAUGGAUUUGAUGGAGCAGUGCAAUGGUAGUAGAUCUUCAAGUUUGGAUAGAAACCAUCAAGAAACUGUAGCAGUUUGGAGGUGUUAUUGCCAUUUAAUCGACGAAAUGACAAACACCAGUAAAAAUCUCGGUAAAGACGGGAAAUUCCAGCUUUUUAUAUGUCUAAGUGUUAGGGAGCACCUGUUGCAUAGGAUGCUGGUGCCAAUGUCCAUGUGCAGAGUGACUCAGGAAAUGUACGAUGAAAACUCUUUUUUGCGCAAUCGCGGACUUUUAACGUUUCUCAGGCAAAUUUUGAUGCCUCUGGACGAGUUGGAUGUCGUUUUGGAAAACUCAGUGACGCACGGCAUCAAAUCGCCCUCGUCAAAUAAUUAA